AUGUGGCUGGACACGGCAAGAGCGAAUGCGUGUAUACUCGUUGGUCCUACAUGUGCUGUUCCGCCACCAAAAAAGGAAUGGUGUGAACUGGCAUCGGCGAUAGCAACAGCGGCUCGUAAUGGAAUGGAAAUUCUGUUGAUCGUUAUACCCAGUGGAGACACAGCAUAUGAUGGGAUGGAGCUGAACCAGGCCGUUGAACUUGCAAGGAAGUCGGUUGCGCUUAUGUCGCGAAAUAUUGUCAGCCUGAUACCGAUGAUAGAAUGCACAUGCGAACCUUCACAUGGACAGUCAGUACAUCGAAGGAAUUCUGAUGCUGACGUUUAUUCAGAAGAAACAGUGAUUGGAUAUAUGCAGGUUCUAAGGGAGUAUGUAAAGCCAGAAAUCAAUCUUCAUCGUUUCGUCAGGACCUCGACACAUCGAAAUCAACGUGUACGAAACUACCUCAAGGCCAAGCGAGAAAAUCGUUCCGGACAGGAAUGCUAG